AUGAGCGAGACAAGCGAAAAGAUUCACUUUGUAAUGGUGCAUGGGUUCGGGCAUGGAGCCUGGUGCUGGUACAAAAUCAGGAGUCUACUGGAAGCAUCGGGCUACAAGGUCAGCUGUAUUGACCUCAAAGGCUCGGGCAUAGAUCCAUCCGAUCCCAACACCAUCUUCACUUUCCAAGACUAUAACGAACCCUUGAUUAACCUCCUCUCCAACUUACCUCAGAAUCAAAAGGUGAUACUGGUCGGACACAGUGCUGGAGGUCAUAGCUUAACCUACGCCAUGCGCAAGUUUGUCAACAAAAUUCGUAUGGCCAUUUAUGUCAGUGCUACUAUGCUCAAACAUGGGUUCGUCACCCCCCAAGAUUAUGAAGAUGGAGAUCUAGAUUUAUCCGUGUAUGGUGAUGUAAAUGAGAAAAUAUAUGGUUUAGGAGCUGAUCAGCCCACUACCAGCAUGAUAAUCAAGGAGGAGUUUCAACGCAAAAUUCUUUAUCAUUUAAGCUCUAUAGAGGUGAGCACAACAUCAUCAUCGCAGUGGCGGAUGCACUAA